AAAAGAGCUUGUUGAACAGAAGCCAGUUAGAGUCCGAGAGUUGGCGAGGAGAGUCCGAGGAAAAGUAGUCCGCCUCUCUCAGUCCGCCCACAGCACACCGGUAACCGGAGGCCAUGAGCGCAGAACGAGAGCCGAGGAUGAGGAGCUGCAUCCGGCGUUGAGUUGGGUUUCUGCACGUUUGCACUUCGCUAUUGAUCCGGGACAGAAGUGUUCCGCGGAGCAGCCAGGGUGCACGAUGGGAUCUUUUCGGCGGCCCAGGCCUCGCUUCAUGAGUUCUCCGGUUCUGUCGGACCUCGCCCGGUUCCACGCCAGUUCUCCCUCUAUGCAGAUCUCCAACGCCAGCGUGUGGAACAGUGUGCAGUCAGCUGUGAUCAAGGUGUUCCAGGGUGGAGAGCUGCAGACUAACGAGCUCUACACUCUUAACGAGAGCAUCAGGUGGCUUCUCAAGACGGAGAUGGGCUCCUUCAUCACUGAUUACUACCAGAACCAGCUGCUGACUCGAGGUCUCUCUGAAGUGCUGGACCAGGUCCUGCUUCACUCUGGUGACCAGGUGCUUGUGGUCCUCGCCGACAUGUGGGACAGGUUCUUCACGGAGAUCCUACCGACCCUGCAGGCCAUCUUCUACCCAGUCCAGGGUCAGGAGCUGACAGUGAGGCAGAUGACCCUUUUGGCCUUCAGAGACUUGGUACUGUUGAAGCUCCAGCUGAAAGAAACAUUGAGAACUGCAGCCUCUGUCCCUCCAGCUGUCACUCAGAUGCUGCUGGUGCUGCAGGGCAUCCACCAGUGCGGGGCUCCCAGUGUGGAGGCCCACGAGCUGGAGGUCCUGGUGGAGGUGUCCGUGUCUCCGUUCCUCGGCCGCGUCCGGCCCCCCAGGAGCCUUCUGGAGUCUCGCCACCUGUGGUCGUCGCUAGGCGAGAGCUUCCAGCCGGAGAUCACCAUCACGCGGCACCACGCCUCCUCCGACUCCUCGUCGCUCGCCCCGCUGGUGGAGCAGGAGGGCGAGGCCUACCUGGAGAAGGCUGGCGGCGUGCGGCGCCACACGGUGGCCAACGCACACUCCGACGUGCGCCUGCUGUCCGCGUCCGGAAGGAUGCAUGCUGGUACGGAAAAGGGGGGCGUGGAGUUCCUGGGGGAGGGCGAGCCAAUAGCUCAGAGAACCUUCUCGGGACAGCUGGACAUGGUGGAGUCUCUGAGGGGAGGAGUCAUCAGCCUCCCUCACAGCUGAUGAGAGGACGAGGACACAAGGGGACAGGAAAGGAAACAAGGACGAUGGAGAAGACAACAUGGAGGAUAGGGGUCUAACAAGACAACAAUCUACAGGGUGAAGGACACAAGAUGGGACAAGACAGCAAAGGAUCUGACCCAACAGGAAGUGAACAUGACCUGUGGAGCAGGACAGAGGACAAAGUGUUGUGUCCCACGGCUCCCAGCAGAAGGAGAAGUACUGGUUCAGGAUGUGUACUGGGAGCACCAUCCAAACCAGAGACAGUUUUAUGAGAGAGACGACGCGGUGGACAGAACCGACCGCAGGUUCUUUUCAAGUCAUGUAAUCAUUUGUGUUUUUAGGAUUGUUAAUGAUUAAUAAAGAUCCGUUAUGAAGUGUUUUCCUCUGA